AUGAGGGAAAAGAAAGAAUGCCAGAAGGUUGCAUUUGUCAACAUCACUUCUUAUGAAACUGAAAAAGAUGCAGUUCAGAAUAUUCCAACAGAGCGUCGCACAAAUGAGAGAACAGUUGUAAAUGUGUCACCACUUGCUCAAUCUAUUGAAUUUCGAGUAAAGAGAAACGACAAAGAAGCAAAAAAACCUUCGUUUGGGAGUAAUGACGUAAAUGAUGACGUGUACAGUCAUCUGCAUGAAAAGGAGGAUCCAAACAUUGAUGAAAAUUACGACCACACCCACGUAAUCCCUAAUCAGAUGAUGGGAGACAGUUACUACGGUAAUCUUAACACAGGAAGAAAACACGAAGGGAAAUAGAACUAAAA